CAAAAACGUGCUUUCGGAGCAAGAUAGUAAACAAUCCGCGGUCAGUGGGGCGCCCUGGACGCUGGGUGACUCCAUUCAUUUAGAGCUUCAUCUGCAGAUCCUGUUUUUAGGAGACGCUCCUGCAUUUGGACCCAUAAGUGGAUGUUCUGUGGUUGGAAGAGGCGGAUCUGCUUUCUUUAUGGAGCACAGCAGGCACAAGUUCACGCCUGUCAAUGGGAUUUAAUAGCCAGUGAGUGACAUAAGAGCGUUGGGGAUUCAGAUCGACGAGAUGGAUGGUGUUGGGAACAGCAUGCAGAAGAAGGCAGCUGAACUGGAGCGAAUGGCCGAGGUUCUGGUUACUGGAGAGCAGCUGAGGUUGCGACUCCAUGAGGGUAAAGUCAUAAAGGACAGACGGCAUCAUCUCCGCACCUACCCAAACUGCUUUGUGGCCAAGGAGCUCAUUGAUUGGCUGAUAGAGCACAAGGAGGCUUCUGAUAGAGAGACGGCCAUCAAGAUCAUGCAGAAGCUGCUGGACCAUAGCAUCAUCCACCAUGUUUGCGACGAGCACAAGGAGUUCAAAGAUAUGAAGCUGUUCUACCGUUUCAGGAAGGAUGAUGGAACCUUUCCUCUGGACAGCGAGGCCAAGGUCUUCAUGAGGGGCCAGCGGAUAUACGAGAAGUUGAUGAACGCUGAAAGCAGCCUGCUUCAGACUCGUGAAGAGGAGGGCGUGUCGUACGAACGGACGCUGGUGGCUUCCGAGUUCAUUGAUUGGCUCCUGCAGGAGGGCGAGAUGGCCAGCAGGGAGGAGGCGGAGCAGCUGGGGCGGAGACUGCUGGAGCACGGCAUCAUUCAGCACGUCACCAACAAGCACCACUUCACGGAUGGCGGACUCCUCUUCCAGUUCCGGAUGAAUUUCCGGCGACGGCGGCGGCUGAUGGAGCUCCUGCACGAGAGAAGCCGAGUGAUCCCAGAGAGCCAGGACAGCCCGUUCUGUCUCCGCAAGCAGAAUCCCGACAGUGGAAACGGCAGCUUCCUCUCCGUGAGCCCCACUAAGGAGAUCAGGGUGGUCUGCGUAAGGCGGAGCAGUAUGAGCAGUAGCUGUGGCAGCAGUGGCUACUAUAGCAGCAGUCCCACCCUCAGCAGCAGCCCCCCGGUACUCUGCAACCCCAAAUCAGUGCUGAAGAGGCAGGUCAGCCCAGAGGAGCUGCAGAGUCCAGGAGGAGCUUUCAUAAAGAAGACAUUCACUAUUGUAGGUGAUGCUGUAGGUUGGGGCUUCGUGGUCAGAGGCAGUAAACCCUGCCAUAUUCAGGCUGUUGACCCCAGUGGACCUGCUGCUGCGGCCGGCAUGAAGGUGUGUCAGUUUGUGGUUUCGGUCAACGGUCUAAACGUGCUGAACCUGGACUACAGGACGGUCAGCAACCUCAUUCUGACCGGGCCAAGGACGGUGGUCAUGGAGGUCAUGGAGGAAGUGGAGUACUGAAGACUGAAGUUCUUUAGAGCUCUCUCUCUCUCUCCUCUCUCUCUCUCUCUCUCUCUCUCUCUCUUUGCUGCAUACCAUCACUGUCAUAAGAAAACUUCAUAAAGGUGAAAACAGUGUAAACUGUAGUGUACGUUAGUGAAACGUUCAGAAGUUCAGAAUCGCUCGUCAUAUUAUUAAUAUUGGUCAUUUUGUUCAGUAACUAUAUACACAGUGCAGAUUGAAUUACCAUAACUUGAACAGCAGAAGGUAUUUAAAGAUGUUUUAUUCAAUAUCUCAAUUUUUUGGGAACAGCAAGAAGUUAUUAAGUGAUAAUGUAGCAUUAUAAUUAAUAGCAGUUUAUAAGCUUCAUUCUGGAUAUUAAUCUUAUUAGAACUUCAUUCUGAAUGUUAAUUUCAUUCAUUUUCUACAUUUGUCUGCAACAUAACUGGUUUUAUCUGAAUGUAAACAGUGAUUCCACUUCUGAACGGUACUGUACGCAUAAAAGGCAGCUGACGUUUUCAGAUCGUACCAAAGUUAAACCUGAGCUUUUCUUAUGACGCUGGUGAUGUAGCAGCUUCUCUGAGGGUUCUUGGUCGGACUCACAGUUGGAUCUUCGGCAGAACCUUCUACAGAGAGAAGGACGUCCAUCUCCCUGCCUCCUUCUCCUUCAGAGACUCUACAUUCUGUUCCCGUUAGCGCCUCCCACUGACUGACUGGAGAACUACUGGGACGCGAGAUUUCCAGACAAACGCCAGUGGAGAAAUGUCACCGCGGGACGUCUGUAACGUUUAUGGACGAUAAGUUACAGAAACAGGAGGGUCUCCUCUCUUUGCCACAUCAACACAGCUUCGUGGGUGAUGAGCAGCUUCAGCUGCGUACGAAUAGAAAACGUCCUAAAUUUUAUCGUACGUCUUUAGCGAACACAGUGUGUCAUUAGCUGUAGAGCUUACAGCAAACUGUCAAACACACCACGUCAAAUCAGGCUUCAGGGCUGUUCAGUGUUCAAUGAUGUACAUUUUAGUCCAGUACGUAGAGAAAUUAGGGCUGCAGAUUAAAGAUAAAUACUUUCCUCGAGUGCCUCCGUUCUUAAAGAAAAAUCGCAGGGUAUUUUCUCACAGGAUCUCAUCAGGGAUGUCCCGAUUUUGUCUGCCAUCCAACUUGAGUAGUUUAAUGCUGAGUAUCGGUUCAAUCCAAAAUAGGUACCUUUUAGGUGCUACAUUUUUUAGGACAAUUUAAUGUUGAUCAUGUCUAGCAUUAGAUUAUGAUCCAGUUUUACUUACUGAUUUGAUGACCACAUGAUGCCACAGCCAUCCGUGACCAGUGGGAAUUGGUUAUGUGUUCAAUUCCCAUUGAUGCCACAGCCUAUAUCUAUAAUUUUGGUCAUGACCAGUGGGAAAUAGUUAUCUGUUAAUUUCCCAGUGAUGCCACAGCUAUUCACAGUUUUAGUCAUGACCAGUUAGUAAUUGGUUAUAUGUUUAACUCCCAGUGAUGCCACAGCUGAGCAGUGGGAACUGGUUAUAUGUUCAAUUCCUGUGAUGACACAGCCAUCUGUAAUUGUAGUUGUGACCAGUGGGAAUUGAUUAUAUGUUCAAUUUCCUGGGGAUGCUACAGUUAUCCACAUAGUCAUGAACAGUGGAAAUUGGCUAUAUUUUCAGUCCCCAGUGAUGCCACAGCCAUCCGCAAUUUUAGUCAUGACCAAUAGGAAUUGGUUAUAUGUUCAAUUCCUGGAGAUGGCACAGCCAUCCAUAAUUUUAAUCUACAGUUGAAAUUGUUCACGACUAAAGUUGGGGAGAAAAUUAGACAGAAUGAAAACGAGGUGGAAGUGGAUCAGGCUUAAUAUGGCCAAUACUCCAUUAAAAUACACUUGGAUAGGCCGGACUGGGACAUCUCUAGAUAUGGUAGAAUAUUUACCAACAUGUCAAUUCACACAGGACUGAUAUGAACUGGCUAUUUCUGUAGUUCACUUUAAGGUAGAUACGGAUUAUUUACAGAUGUAAAGAGUUACUGAGAGGAAGGAUUUGGACUAAAAUAACUCUGGGAAUAAUUGCGUCACCACUCCCUCCACAUGGAAAACAAAGCUCAUCCCAAUAGUGCUUCACUCUUCUAAAGACACACUCUAUGAUUGUAACAAAUAUUGUACAGAUCUGUGACCUCGUUUUUGGUCAGGGUUGUGGAAUCCGUGCCAAAUCUGUUCAUUCAGAGCUUCAUUUUUCUCUUCUGUUGGACAGUUUCCUCAUUCAUGGUUUGGAAGAGGUUACGACCAGCUGAGUGAAUACGCUAUUGUAAAGCAGUGGUGCAGCGCAGCUGAGCGUGGCUAACCAUGUGCUGGUCGUGGAGGUUUUCAGGGCUGAAUGUCAAUAGGUCAUGUCCAGGCUUCUUAGUUAAGAUUCAACAGGAGUGUCUUUAUCCCUGUAGAGCCAGACGGUCAUCAUUAGGCACAGUGUUUAUGGAACCGUAUAGUUUAACAAAGAAAAACAUCAUGCUCCAAAUAAUGGUGGCACUUACACAGGAUUUACAGCUGUAAUUUAUUCUGCAGGCGUCUUAAUGAAACGUUUUAUGACCAUUUAAUGUCAAUUGGUAGGCAGUCAUGUAGCUCUCUGUAUAAUGUGAAACAGCAGUAAAGAUUUUAAACAGGAUUUUUUUUUAUAAUUCAGUGGCUGAGAUGUCAUUCAAGGUGGUUUGGUGUGAAAUGGUUCAGAUGUCUUUACAGUGGUGGUGAUAGGAACCAGGGGUCGCCAUGACUACAACACAGAUAUAGACAUUUUAUUUUCUAUCCAGAACCACCAGUGAACCUACACGAGUCUUCUGAGUUUAUAUAUGGAAUGAUGAUGAUGGAAAAUAGUGGAAAAUCUGAAAUUUGGGGACUAUUUUGCCUCACAGUACCCUAUAAUCAUAGAACAGGGUCUCAGUCAUCAGGCAGUGAAUUCAUAACCAUUUCAUGUAGGAACUUUCUGUGAGGGAGCUUUUAGAGGUGGACGUCUGGUUCCUAUCACCACCACUGUGAACAGUUCUGACUCUAAGUUUCUGUAGAACGGAGCGUUUCACACCAAACCACUCUGAACGACUCUGUUUACAUCUCAACCGUUUAAUUCUACAGAAAUUGUGAAAAAUGGGAGGACUUCCCCUUUAAUUAGCAAUAGUGUUGUUGUGCUAGCUACUAAAUGCUAUUUAUCUACCAAACGCAUAGACAUAAUCCAUAUAGAGGAAAGCUAUAACUUGAUAACAGCUAACAGCAGCUGUUAAAUUGAACAGUAAAGUGUUUAAGUCACCAAAAUAUGCCGUUAUGAGAAGCGCACAUCUGUAAGACGUUUGAGUAUGAAGCUAAAACAGAGAUGUAAACAGUCCAGUAGUGCUAAAUGUGAGGAGCGCUCCUAAUGCAUGUAUAGAUAGCGCUUGCUAGCAGUCAGGACGUCCUUUCAGCAGGACAGAGUAGCAGUGUGGGGCUCUGUAAGUCCGUUAUAUGUAUAAAGAACACAAAAGGGGGUUCCACUGGGGACGAAUAGCACCGUACUGCAGAUUUAUAUCAGUGACAUCUUCUUUAUGCCUCGUUUCCUUGGAGUGAACUUCGGGAAAUCGGCCAAUCCAGCCUCCACCCACAGAUACAUUCUUCCACAGCUACUGCUGUGAGGCUGAGCUUUACAGAACGCAAGUAAAGCCCCUCUCAGCCUCAUGAGAAGCUGCAGCUCCACUCAGCUUUUACUAAAAUAUGUAGAGUUUUUAACUUCAAAUAUUAUUUCUUUUGUAUGCCUGUGAAAGUUUUUUUGUCAUGUAAUAAAGGUUUUAGGGAUAAA